UCUCGGCGCCUUGGCGUCGAUCGCUCGCGACGGUUUCGUGUCGACCAACACGGUGCGCAACGCGGCCCAGUUUGGCAAGGGCAUCUACCUCUCGCCCGUUGGCUCGGGCGGCAGGGCCGGCAUGAUGGCCGCUUCGCCUCAGUACGCCUCGAGAGACGCCGAUCGGGUGCAGCACGUCCUCUUUUGCGAGGUGCGCGACGGCGGCUGCGCGGGCUCCGACCAGGACAAGCCGUCUUCGGAGCACGUCGACACGGGGGUGGACACGCUCGUCAAAAGGACGGAUGGCACCGUCGACUACACCAAGGCCGUCCGGCUGGUCGUUUGGACCAAUAAAAUGAAUGAGUUCAUCCUGCCCGUGGCCGUCGGAGCCAAGCGCUCGGCACCCGACGGCGACCAGAGCACCGCGGGCUCCGACGGUCUGUCCGCCGUCAGGGUCGAGCCAAAGGCGCUCAACCGAAAGCCACCGUGCGACCAGAUCCCGUUCCCGGACACGCUCCGGUCCACGCUCGCGGCCGGAGUGCCGGCGGCAAGGCACGCGCAGCCCGGCGGUGGUGCGACUCCGUCCCUCGAGGCGGGCGGCAAGUUCAGCGGGACGGCGGGCGCAGCCUCUGAGGGCGGCGGCGGCGCCUGCAGCUCGCACGGCAGCGCCGCCGGCCACGGCGCUGGCGUCAACGGCGGCGUCAAUGGCGGCACCAACCUCGGCAAGCGCGCCAACCUCAGCAAAGGCAGCAACGGCAUCGGCAAGGGUGCCGGCCACGACUCCUCCGGCGGCGCAAACGGCGCGAGCGACGCGAGCGACGCAAACGGCGCAAACGGCGCAAACGGCGCAAACGGCGCAAACGGCGCAAACGGCACACAUGGAGCUCACGGCACAAACGGUGUGGAGAGUGAGGAGGGCACAGAUGGCGGCGGCGGUGGCGGCGGCGGCGGUGGCGGCGGCGGCGGGGGGGGGGGGGCGGCCCGACCACCCGCGCCGCAACGGGAGGGGGCCAUCAACGCCGAGGGUCACAUGGGGGCAAUGGCGGAGCCGGGGCUGCCCGGCGAGGCGGCCCUGGACAUGGAGGCGCUCGGCAGCUACGCGGGCGUGGUGACGCGGGCGAGCGGGAUGCACGUCCAGGUCCUCUUUGACGAGGACCAGCAGCGGUACUGGUUCCCGGCCGACCGUGUGCAGCACUGGCUCGUGUCGCUAGACGCCGGAGACGGACCUACAGCCCCGCCCUUCCAAGACGCGGACUCGCCGCUGUUCGACUGCAUUGCAGCCGCACUCGCUGUACUCGCCGCCGUUGGGAUCACGUGGGGUAGCGGGCUCCUCUCGCCACUCGGCGCAGAGACAGAGCUGCCGCCGCCGCCGCCGCCCUCCAAGCCCUGCCAGAAGAGGAAGGGGCGGCCGUCGCCAGCAGGGUGGCCGAGCGGCGGCGGCGGUGGCGGCGGCGGGUUGGCGGCGGGUGGCGAUGGCGCGGCGGCGGACGGCGACGGCGGCGGCGAUGGCGAUGGCGACGGCGACGGCGACGGCGACGGCGAGUUCACUAUUGAGGAGUUCUCCACGCGCGAUGAGCUGCUGCUGCAUGGGGCUCCGGCGCGCCAGUGA